AUGGUCUCUGCAGCAGAGCCCCUGAACUCUUUGUCAUCCACCGGCCUGACUGAGGAGCAGAAGGAAUUCCAAAAAGUUGCCCUUGAUUUUGCUGCCAAGGAAAUGGCUCCUCACAUGGCUGAGUGGGAUGAAAAGGAAAUAUUCCCUGUGGAAACAAUGCGGAAGGCAGCCCAGCUGGGAUUUGGAGGGAUCUAUGUGAAACCAGACGUCGGUGGCUCUGGAUUGUCACGACUUGAUACCUCCGUCAUCUUUGAAGCUUUAUCAACAGGAUGUACCAGCACCACUGCUUAUAUGAGCAUCCACAACAUGUGUGUUUGGAUGAUUGACACCUUUGGCAAUGAGGAACAGAGGCACAAGUUCUGCCCAUCUCUCUGUAGCAUGGAGAAGUUUGCUUCUUACUGCCUGACUGAGCCAGGGAGUGGGAGUGAUGCAGCUUCCCUGCUGACCACAGCUCAGAGGAAAGGGGACACCUAUGUCCUGAAUGGCUCCAAGGCCUUCAUCAGUGGGGGAGGUGACACUGAUGUCUACGUGGUUAUGUGUCGCACGGGAGGCCCAGGCCCCAAGGGCAUAUCCUGCCUGGUGGUAGAGAAGGGGACACCAGGGCUCAGCUUUGGCAAGAAAGAGAGGAAGGUGGGCUGGAAUUCCCAGCCAACUCGGGCUGUGAUCUUUGAGGACUGUGUUGUUCCUGUUGGCAACCGGCUGGGAGCUGAAGGGCAGGGCUUCAGCAUUGCCAUGAAGGGACUGAAUGGAGGCAGGAUAAACAUUGCAUCGUGUUCGUUAGGAGCUGCUCACGCCUCUGUUCUCCUGGCUCAGGAACAUCUCACUGUCCGCAAACAGUUUGGAGAACCCUUGGCAAACAACCAGUUCCUGCAGUUCAGGCUGGCGGAGAUGGCGACGCGCCUGGUGGCCGCCCGGCUGAUGGUUCGCAGCGCGGCGCGGGCUCUGCAGGAGGGCCGGGAGGACGCGGCCGUGCUCUGCUCCAUGGCCAAGCUCUUUGCUACCGAUGAGUGCUUCAUGAUCUGUAACCAGGCUCUGCAGAUGCACGGGGGCUAUGGCUACCUGAAGGAUUAUGCAGUGCAGCAGUUUGUGCGAGACACCCGAGUCCACCAGAUCCUGGAAGGUACCAAUGAGGUGAUGCGGAUGAUAGUUGCCAGGAACCUGCUGCAGGGCUGA